UGGAUGCGGUAGAGACUAGAGAACAGGAGGCACAUUGAUAGUACACUGUCAUGCUGUUUCAUUUCUCAAAGUAAACCAUGAAUUCUCUAUCACUCUUCACCUUCCUCUGCGCAAUUUGUGCGCACUCCGUCGCCGUCACCUCCGCGGCAUAUCCUUCCAUCCCCGGCACGGAAACCGGAGAGUGCUCCCUCCGCGGCGUCGGCGUCGGCGACGGUGUUCUGGUCCCUCCGCGGCGAGAAGUGUACGAGGAGGGGCGAAUCUUCGACAUCACCCACAGGUAUGUCCCCGAGAUGCCGGUGUGGGACUCGACGGAGGGGCUCGGGCAGCACUUCCUGUGGCUCGAAAAGAGCAUGAAGAAUGGCUCGCGCGCUAACAACUCCAACAUGAAGCUCGGUGUUCACACCGGCACCCAUGUCGACGCGCCCGGUCACUUUUACGACAAUUACUACGACGCCGGCUUCGACGUUGACUCACUCGACCUAACACUCCUCAAUGGCCUUGCACUUUUGGUUGAUGUUCCACGGGAUAAAAACAUUACUGCUGAGGUUAUGAAGUCCUUGAAUAUCCCUAGAGGUGUAAGCCGCGUGCUUUUCAGAACUUUAAACACUGACAGGCAACUCAUGUUUAAGAAAGAAUUUGACACAAGCUAUGUGGGAUUCAAGGAGGAUGGUGCAAAAUGGCUGGCAGAGAACACUGACAUCAAACUUGUAGGAAUCGAUUACUUAUCUGUUGCUGCUUAUGAUCACUCCAUUCCAUCUCAUCUUGUUUUCCUGGAAAGCAAGGAAAUCAUUCUUGUGGAAGGCCUAAAGCUUGAUGAUGUCCCAGCAGGAAUAUAUUCACUGAAUUGCUUGCCUCUUAGGUUGGUUCACUCUGAGGCAUCACCAAUUCGAUGCAUUCUGAUCAAAUGAUCAAUGAUGGGGUCAAACCUGGUUUUCAAUUGCACGGAUGAACCUGCCACAAGAAGCAACGUAGCCACGAAUACAAUUAGUGGUGUCCAUAAGAAGCAGUUUGAUGCAAAUUGCAAGCUAAGCUGAUAGUAGUAUGUUGAAUUACUCUUAUUUUACGUCCUUGGGUUGGAAAGUACUGAAUUAUUGUAAUUAAACUUCAGUUGCGGACUAGGGGGUCCACCUGCAUUAACUUAUGCUUUUAAUAUUUUCCUAGGCAAGUACUUGUGCAAUUCUGAAGACGCAUGCUUGUACGUCUCAAUAAUUAUAUCUAUUUCUCUUUGAAAAAUAAUGAAAUACUACUAAUAAUCUCGGGCAA